AUGAACACCUUCCUUCUCUCUGCGCUGUGUCUUCUUGGGGCCUGGGCUUCACUGGCAGGUGGAGUCACUGUGCAGGAUGGACACUUCUCCUUUCCUCUGGAGUCGGUGAAGAAGCUCAAGGAUCUCCGGGAAUUCCAGAAGCCCUGGGUUGGGAACAGCAGGAAGGCCGGACAGGUGGCUGGAGAAAUGGCUGGACCUGUGAUUCCCAUCCUGUGUAGCUACCCAGAAUUUCCCAAAGAACUCAAGCCUCUCUGUAAGGAGCCCAAUGCCCAGGAGAUCCUGCAAAGGCUGGAGGCCAUCGCCGAGGACCCGAGCACUUGUGAGAUCUGUGCCUUCGCUGCCUGUGCUGGAUGCUAG